AUGGCGCUCAUAAGACUGGAUAGACUCCCUCUGGACAUUCUCGUUCAGAUAGCUGGCCUUCUCGGCCCCUUGGACGUUCUCUCACUGAGACUGACAUCAAGGGCACUCUUCACUGCAUCUAAUGAAAGUCAUCUCCCUCGUCACCCGGGUCCGGUUCCAUCACAGUCUCGUCAGGAUCUAGAAGAUGCCGUCACUCGGAGCGCGAUAGUCGAGCAUCGGAUGAUUAGCCAAAUGGACCCCAAGAAAGUGCGGAAAAUAGCGCUUGAUAUCGAUGAACAAGGCAAAGCUCGAUUGCUUGCUGGACGGUGGCUAGUGUCGAAGUCAUACAACAAAGUGCUCUGCCGUGACUUGGACUCAGCUCAAGGCGGUGAAAGCCAGGUGGUCUACGAAGUCUUUCAACCCUGGAACUUGAAAUUUGUGACCACCGCUGAGAUUGUGGACUGCGAGGGUCGAUAUCAUGGGUGUAUCGCAUUGUCCGAGAGAAAGUACAGACCCCUGAAAGAUCAAGUAACCAUCCUCAAGGUUAAACCAACCGGUCAAACCAUCGAGCUCAUAAAGAUAUCUUGCUUUGAUAUUCCUGGGAUCAGCUUCACCCUUGACUACACUGGCACAGAGGUUGAGCUGACCAUCGGUCCCAGUGCCCUGGUGGUCUGGUGGGAGCAGGUUGUGUCGGACCCUGGAGAAGAAAACAAUCAUCUCAGGAGAUACGCUGUUAUAGACUUCUCUAACGUGUGGCAAAUACCGGUUGUCCGAACUACUCUUGAUUAUACAGAGUAUUUUCCGCGUCUCGCUAACUGGAGCACACUGUCAGCCGGACUUAGAACCAUUCUCCGUCCUGAUGUACAUGGCAACACACUUCGCCGUUUCCUCGACUCAUCUAAUCGUGAUGACGACUCGGACGACGGGACACGUACUUUGAUAUACCUCAUCCCGCUUGCAUCUGCGCUUUCUGGAGAGUGCAAGCCACGCCUACUUGGCUGGUCAGAAGCCGCAGUGACUUUACCUGUACUACUUCGUGACUCUACUCUCACAGCCGACGGAAACACCAGUAUCGCUCUUGCGGGGCUUUGCCACGACCCUUACUCUGUCAGAAAAACCUAUGUAUUCACAAUGCGCUUAUCCAUUCCACCCGCGGAAGAGCAGCACUUUACGCCCCCUUGGUUUGAGGUCCAAACGAACAUUGGGCCAAGCGUUAGCUGCUUGAGCAUGUUAGCUCAUCCCGUACUCAACGGUUCGCUCCGGAUUCUCUUCUCUUACCUCGAGGCAGAAGAAGGCCACCGUCACCUCUGCCUCGGGGCGAUGUCGAUCGAUCCUAAGGAGCCAGAUUACGACAUUAUGUGGCAGAAAUCACCGACCAUGCGAAUAGGGGGCGACACAGACGCUGUGCGCGGGAAGAACGUCGUGGAAGAUGUGAAUCUCUUGAGAGGAAGAGUUUGUCUUUAUGAAGAGGCUGAAUACGAAGAGGGGGAGGUGAGGCGAGAGCGGAUUAUCCUUGACUUUUCCUGA